CUCUGGCUAAAACACAAUAAUUUAUCAAGAGAAUUUAGCAAGAACAUAACCAAUCAAACAUGUUAAAACUCAGUGGCAAGGCACAAUUACAAUAAUGGAAGCAGAUUCUGGAAACGUGAGCACGUUUUUAAAGUGCGCACAAUUGAAUAUGCCAGUAGAAAGAUGUUGUAAAACGGGAACAAAAAACAAAUAAUAAUAAAGUAACAAAACGAAGGUUUGAAUGGAAGUACUGUGAACACUAAUUGUUGAAGUGAGUUCAGAAAAGUAAGAGUAUUUUUCUGGGUACAGAUCAAUCGCGGAAGAUGUUUAGGGUGAGCAACAAUCUGGUUGGGGUGCUGAAUUUGCUGGCUUUCCUUCUCUCGAUUCCCAUUCUAGUGACGGGCGUGUGGCUAAGCAAGCAAGCGAACACGGAGUGCGAAUGGUGGCUGGAAAGAACCUUAAUUGUGUUGGGCGUUUUCCUUUUGGUGGUGUCUCUGGCAGGACUUGUCGGCGCAUGUUGUCGUGUCUCGUGUCUCCUAUGGCUCUACCUCUUCGUCAUGUUCCUGCUCAUACUCCUUGUUCUUUGCUUCACCGUCUUCGCCUUCGUUGUCACCAACAAGGGUGCCGGUCAAGUCCUUUCCAACCGAGGCUACAAGGAGUACAGGCUCGGUGACUACUCCAACUGGUUUCAGAACAGAGUCAACAACGCUCACACAUGGAAACGAAUUCGGAGCUGUCUCCGAUCUUCAAAACUCUGCUCCCAAUUUCAAACCCAAUUCGCCAACGACACUCUGCAACAGUUCUACGCUGAGAACUUGUCUUCGCUUCAGUCCGGGUGUUGCAAGCCAUCAGACAGCUGCAACUUUGAGUACCAGGGUCCAUCUGUCUGGAACAAGGUUGAAAGUGCAAAUUAUUCCAACCCUGACUGUAAUGCUUGGGACAAUGAUCCCAAUGUUCUGUGUUUCAAUUGCCAAACUUGCAAGGCUGGGUUCCUGCAGAGCCUUAAGACUGACUGGAAGAAGGUCACAACAGUGAAUGUCAUAUUCCUCGUGUUUCUCAUCAUUGUCUACUCUGUUGGUUGCUGUGCAUUCCGGAAUAACUUGAGAGAUAAUUGGAAGCACUAGAUGCAGCCAUGUACAUUAGAAGCAUUUCAUUUUUCUGGAUUCUGUGAUUAGGUAUGUUUUUUUGUCUAGUUAGUUUCUUCAUCUAAGCUCUCAGCCAUGGUUUGUUUACUAUCUAAAACAUUUUGUCUACUGUGUUGUUAUUGAAGUGGAGUUAAAGUUCCUUUUCCUGUUGAAUAAGAUGAUUCAUGAUUUCUUGGUAA